UGUUCCUGUUGUCAGAUAAUUGCCAAAAGAAGUAGACCUGAUUCACUGUUUAUUUGCUACGUCGACGAUAUCUGGUUGCAAAUGUGUAAAUAGAUAGUUGCAAUACAUAAUGGCAUUUCUCGAGUGGCGGCGCUGCAAUUUUUUCGAUCUUAAAAAAGAAGUCGACGAUGGAAAAAUAGCUGCAGCACUUGGCGACGCCCAAGUGACAGCAGCUACGAGUGGUAACGGAAAUUUAGUGUUCGGAGAUAAUACAGGCAAUCUACAUUUAGUGAACAGAGCUUACGAAGUUACUACUUUUCGCGCUUACGACCUCACGUUAACGUUAGCUCAGCAAGUUCAGCAUUCCACAUUUUUGUUUACAAUUGGUGAGGAUGAACAAGGUUGUAAUCCUACCAUAAAGGUAUGGAAUGUAGCUAAACUGGACAAACAAGGCAAUCCAACGUGUGUCUGUAUAAGUAGGGCCAUACCAAGUUACAGAGCAGUUCCUGCAACUACUCUAUGCGUACAUACUAGUCUAACAUUAAUGGCUGUUGGUUUUGAAGAUGGUUCUAUUAUGCUAUAUAGGGGUGACUUAACUAGAGAAAGAAAGAACAAGAUAAAAGUGUUGAAAGAUACCAAUGUUACUAUUACCGGUUUAGCGAUAAGGUCUACUGCCAAACAAACUUAUUUAUUUGUUGCUACACCAAAUAGUGUAUUCCUGUAUAAUAUUACUAUUAAAGAUAAAGAAUUCAAAUCUCCCUUAGACACUAUGGGUUGUGCCAGAAAAUGUAGCGUUCUUGCAGAAUCUAUGCAAGAUAGUCAUUUCAUGAUUGGUCGUAAUGAUGCAAUUUAUUGUUACACACCAGAUGGUAGAGGCCCUUGUUAUGCUGUAGAGGGACAAAAAACGAUGUUAGAAUGGUUCAGAAGUUAUCUAGUUAUUAUAGCAAAAGAAGCUGCUAAUGUUCCAAGAACAACAAUUACUAUUUCUGCGAAACCAAGUACUAUAGAGCCAAUACCUCCAGGAGUAGAUAAGCAUAUGAUUACAGUUCUUGAUAUAUUGAACAAAUUCAUUGUAUUUUCUGCUCCAAUGUUGUCUGUGCAAGCUGUGGUGUCAGAAUGGGGUGGAUUUUUCAUUCUCAGUGGUGACAGUAAACUUUAUCACCUAGAUGAAAAAGAUCUGCAAUCGAAAUUAGCAAUACUUUUUAGGAAAAACUUAUAUGAUGUAUAUAUCAGAAUAGCUAAAAAUCAGAAAUAUGAUGCCGAAGGACUUGUCGAUAUAUUUAGACAAUAUGGUGAUCACUUAUAUUCAAAAGGAGAUCAUAAUGGAGCAAUAGAACAAUAUAUUAAAACUAUCGGAAAAUUAGAACCAUCGUACGUAAUUAGAAAAUUUUUAGAUUCUCAGCAUAUAGAUAAUCUAACGACUUAUUUGCAAGCCUUGCAUAAAAAUGGGCAGGCAACGGGAGACCAUACAACUUUGUUAUUAAAUUGUUACACGAAGCUAAAUCAGACGGAUAAAUUAAAAGAAUUCAUCAUGACGAAAGAUAGAAAGAUUGAUUUCGAUGUUGAAAUUGCAAUAAAAGUUUGCCGUCAAGCUUCGCCGGAAGAUGCUUUGCUACUUGCUCAAAAACAUGGCCACCAUGAAUGGUAUCUUCGUAUUCAAAUAGAAGAUAAUCACGAGUACCAGAAAGCAUUAGAAUAUAUAGCAACAUUGGAAUUUGAAGAAGCUGAAUCCAACAUGAAGAAAUAUGCCAAUGUUCUCAUAGAAAAUGUGCCAGAUGAUGCAACACAAUUUUUAAAAACUUUAUGUACCAAUUAUAGACCUUCCAAUAAACCACUUGUUGACCAGGAAGCAUUAGACGGUACAGUGGACCAACAUAUCGAUAAAGCGAAUCCAGAAGAUUUUAUUCAUCUGUUUUUAAAUAAUUCGGAACGUCUUGUAGAAUUCUUAGAACAUCUCGUAAAAACUUGUACCAAGUGGAGUACUUUAGUAUACAACACUUUAGUAGAACACUAUCUCCAUGUUUGGUCAGCUUUAGACAAUGAUGUGGCAAAAAUACAGUGCGAACAGAAAAUUAUUCGACUCUUACAAAAUUCGGAAGCGUGUUACGAUAAAGAUCAAAUAUUAAUCUUAUGUCAUCAACAUAAUUUUAAGCGCGGUUUACUUUUCCUUUACGAAGAAAGCAAAUUAUACCAAGAGAUAUUACAAUUCCAUUUACGUGAAGGAGAUAGUGAGCAGAUUUUAGCUGCAUGCAAACGAUUCGGACAUCAAGAUCCGAAUUUAUGGGUUCAAGCUUUAUGGAGUAUUGCAAAAAAUAAAGAAGCCUCGACUAAGCUUCUUGCAGACAUACUAGUUUUCAUAGUCCAAGAGAAGCUUUUGUCACCAUUGAUGGUCAUUGAUGCAAUUUCUACUUCACUUUCUUGUACCUUGGGAGAUGUAAGAACUUAUCUAAACAGUGUGUUACAAAUGGAACUUAAGCAAACCCAAGCCGAUGUAGAACUAAUCGAAAAAUAUCGAGCAGACACUCAAAAAAUACGCGAACAAAUAGAAUCACUUAGAAACAAUAUUAUAAUCUUCCAAGGAUCACGUUGCAGUGCUUGUCAUCAUCAGUUAGAACUUCCAUCUGUACAUUUUAUGUGUCAACAUUCGUAUCAUCAACACUGUUUUCAAAGAUUCUCGGAAAACGAAAAUGAAUGUCCAGCUUGUUUACCAAACAAUAAAAAAUUAUUGGAUAUCAUAAGAGCACAGGAACAAUCAAGAGAUCUUCAUGAUACAUUUCACAGUCUGUUAGAUCGAGCAGAAGAUCCAUUUUCGUUAGUUGCUGAUUACUUUGGUCGCGGAGUUUUCAAAAAAUUAAUGGUAAUCACUGAUAGCGAUAAAUCGUUAUCAAUGAAAUUUGAGGAACCAAAAUUAACUUAUGGACCAGACGUGGAGGCUAGAAUUAAAUUAAUGGAUAAAAAUAGUACAUUAGGAAAAACUGAAAUUCGUCGUCACGAUUUCUUUACAAUAACGGAUGAUCGACUGCGAUCUUUUCCAAAAACAGAUCUUUACUCUUCGUCAUUAGAAGUAAAUAUCUCUGAUACAGCUAGUAAUAGUACAACACCGAAAUCAUCACCGAUUCAGAAAUCUUACGUACCACCAAAAACAUCGAUAGUCCCGUCCAAUUUAUUCGCAACAGGAGACUACGACGAAUCAAAAAAUCCAUUUGCUGAAGACAAAGAUGAUGACGACUCUUAUUCCUUCAAAGGUGACGAUACGAAUCCCUUUAAAGAUGACGACACGAAGAAUCCCUUUAGGGAUAACGACGAUGAUGAUUAUAAUAAGAACCUGAAUCCCUUUAGUAGAUAA